AUGGAUGAUCUCCGUGAAGUUGCAAAGGCCUACCAUGGAAGAGCAACAAACGAGGAGAAAGAAAAAACCAAGAACUACUUCCGAUCACUGGACUCCAACGGCGACGGCAAAAUCAGUCGCGCGGAUAUCAAGAGUGAUCCGGCACUUCAAAGAUUCACGCAUGACUCACUUUUCGAUUGCCUUGACGAAAAUAACAACGGUACCCUAGAUUUCCAAGAGUUUUUGACCCUCGACUACAUGCGGAAAUGUGGAAUGCGGUGGUGCAAAAGCUGCAGUGAUUGGCUGAUAGGGUCGACUACUUAA